UCUGCGCGAGCCCGGGGCCGGCGGGGGAGAUGUGCUCGGGCUCCGCCGGAUCGGUUUCUCGGGGUUUGACCAGCUGUCCCGGGCUAACCCUGCUCCUCGCUGAAGAUGGAGGAAGUAAAAACAGGAUUACCCUUAGCUACAGCUCCACUGCCUUAGUUUCCACCACCAACUGCAGUGCACAAACACACGUUAGGCACAAGGAAAGAAAGAAAGAGAGAGAGGGAGAGGACACACUAACAGUAAACACAAACAAAAGGGUGAUGGGAUUAUUUUACUGCAUGCACGGCUGAGCCCGACAUUGUCACCUCCUCUUGGAGGGGUUAGAAGAAGCUGGGAUCUCCCGACAGAGCUGGAAAUGGUGAUGAAUGUUUUUUAAUCAAAGGACAAUUUCUUUUCACUUCACUUUGACUAUGGAAACAGAGACUAUUGAUGGCUACUUAACAUCAGGUGACAAUGAGCUUUCACCCGAAGGGGAGCACGCCAAUAUGGCCAUUGACCUCACCUCAAGCACACCCAAUGGACAGCACGCCUCCCCGAGUCACAUGACAAGCACAAAUUCUGUAAAGCUAGAAAUGCAGAGUGAUGAAGAGUGUGAGAGGAAACCCCUGAGCCGCGAAGAUGAGAUCAGGGGCCAUGAUGAGGGGAGCAGCCUAGAAGAGCCCCUAAUUGAGAGCAGCGAGCUGGCUGACAACAGGAAAGUCCAGGACCUUCAAGGCGAGGGAGGAAUCCGGCUUCCGAAUGGUAAACUGAAAUGUGACGUCUGUGGCAUGGUUUGCAUUGGGCCCAAUGUGCUUAUGGUACAUAAAAGGAGUCACACUGGGGAGCGGCCCUUCCACUGUAACCAGUGUGGAGCUUCUUUCACCCAGAAGGGCAACCUUCUGAGACACAUAAAGUUACACUCUGGAGAGAAGCCGUUCAAAUGUCCCUUCUGUAGCUAUGCGUGUAGAAGAAGGGACGCUCUCACAGGACACCUCAGGACCCACUCUGUGGGCAAGCCUCACAAGUGUAACUACUGUGGACGAAGCUACAAGCAGCGCAGCUCACUGGAGGAACACAAGGAACGCUGUCACAACUAUCUCCAGAAUGUCAGCAUGGAGGCUGCUGGGCAGGUCAUGAGUCACCAUGUACCGCCUAUGGAAGAUUGUAAGGAACAAGAGCCUAUUAUGGACAACAAUAUUUCUCUGGUGCCUUUUGAGAGACCUGCUGUCAUAGAGAAGCUCACGGCAAAUAUGGGAAAGCGCAAAAGCUCCACUCCACAGAAGUUUGUGGGGGAAAAGCUCAUGCGAUUCAGCUACCCAGAUAUUCAUUUUGAUAUGAACUUAACGUAUGAGAAGGAGGCUGAGCUGAUGCAGUCUCAUAUGAUGGACCAAGCCAUCAACAAUGCAAUCACCUACCUUGGAGCUGAGGCCCUUCACCCUCUGAUGCAGCAUGCACCAAGCACAAUCGCCGAGGUGGCCCCAGUGAUAAGCUCAGCUUAUUCUCAGGUCUACCAUCCGAACAGGAUAGAAAGACCCAUGAGCAGGGAAACGUCGGAUAGUCACGAAAACAACAUGGAUGGCCCCAUCUCUCUCAUCAGACCAAAGAGUCGACCCCAGGAAAGAGAGGCCUCUCCCAGCAAUAGCUGCCUCGAUUCUACUGACUCAGAAAGCAGCCAUGAUGACCACCAAUCCUACCAAGGAAACCCUGCCUUAAAUCCCAAGAGGAAACAAAGCCCAGCUUACAUGAAGGAGGAUGUCAAGGCUUUGGAUGCUGCCAAGGCCACCAAGGGCUCUCUGAAGGACAUCUAUAAGGUUUUCAAUGGAGAAGGAGAACAGAUAAGGGCCUUCAAGUGUGAGCACUGCCGAGUCCUUUUCCUAGACCAUGUCAUGUACACCAUUCACAUGGGUUGCCAUGGCUACCGGGACCCACUGGAAUGCAACAUCUGUGGCUACAGAAGCCAGGACCGUUACGAGUUUUCAUCACACAUUGUUCGAGGGGAGCACACAUUCCACUAGGCCUUUUCAUUCCAAAGGGGACCCCUCUGAAGAACUGCACAUGAAGAAAUACUGCACUUACAGUCCCACUUUCCCUCAGACGGUGACAUACUUUCUUCUUAAUACCGUCACUGUCUAUGAUUCUUACUUUGUGGACAAAAUGUCAUUUGCUCUGCCUAAUUAUAAAAAAAAAAAAAAGAAAUGAGAGAAAAGGGAUGGGAUGUUCACUGAUAACUUGGCUUGUUUAUUUUGUGGGUGUAAAGCAGUUGAUUUCUGCCAUGCAUCCCUAUUAAGGCCUGUCAUGCUUUGGGAAAUCAUUUGUUUCAUAGAGAUUCACCUAAAAUAUUCUGAUUUGCCAUUGAUGUUCAGGAUUGUGAUGGAAGGCAGGAAACGUGAGAGUUUUCUGGGUCGGACUUGGGCAAUUUAAAACAGUCUAAGUAAUUUUCCUCUCAAAGGUGUUUCAAAAUGUAAACCCAUUUUAUUUGCUGUUCUUAGAGAUCACGGAACACAAACACAUUAUUAUCUUCAAUAACUCCUAGGAUGAGUUGAAUUGUUGUGGGUUCUACGUUUACCUCCCCUACGGAAUUUAUAAUUCAGUAUGUUUUACACUGUAUCAUAUAGUAAAACUUUUAAACUACAGGAAGUUAAGGGCCACUACGAUACAUCUGAGGUCCUUUGAUCUUAUUUUUCUAAACUUGCGCACUGUUUUUCCAUAGUUUUGAUGACUGGCAUUUUAUAGACACCCUGGCAGCCUUACUUUUAACACCUGUAACAAAUAGUAUUUUUAUGUAGUUUUCAGAAAAGCAUGUGGUCUAAGAGUGGGUAAGAGGCAGUCAGUAAUUUCCAGGAAGAAUUCUGCUUUUCACAAUUUGAGAUUUUUUUUUUUUAAAGUUGUAUUGUGAUGGCAGCCUAGUAUACAUAUUUGUUUCUCAAGGUGUGUUUACGAUCGUCACUUUAUCAGCAUUUAAACAGUGUUAAGCAGUCAGCAGAAAAGUGUAAUUAGGCUAACAGUAGGGGGAAAAAUCCCACUCUGAGAACCCUUUUCUGGUAUUUUUCUUCAAGCUGUGACCACUCAGUGUUCUGUCCAUAGUCCAUUCCUCUUUGACUCUUGGAAUAGAAGGUCUUAAGAAGCCUGGCUAUCGGCUGCUUCUUUCAAAAUCUUGGAGCAACUGCUAAUUGGACCUGAAUGUGGUCAUUUGAACCCUGGAAGGUCAUCCAUUAACGAGGGCUAUUUAUUCCACUACUUCUUCAGUAAUAACAGUUACUACCUUUGCUGCAGAGGAAAGGGAACUUCUUUGCAACCAGAAGAUCACACUGCAGGUCCAACAAAAGAGCAACCAAGUUUUCUUUUACCCUUCUUGGAGUUGAAAAUGUGACAGUCUUCAGGGGAAGGACCUGCACUUAAAAAAAAAUUUUUUUUUUAAAAAAUCAGUUCUGUUAAGUUCUUGUCAGACAUGAAUCUCAAUCCAUUGGUAGAGAAUUUUCUGUCUUCUCUUUGUUUGCACAAGUCAUGUACUUCCAUAUUUCAUGGGCAGGUUUGAAGUUGAUCUCUGUGGGUGCUUGGCUUCCUCUCUGGAGAGUGCACUGGCAUUUGUGGGUGGGGCUGGAGCACACUAUUCUCAAGUCAUCUGGCAGAAUGCUUUUGGCAGUCAUAACGUGCUGCUUGUCUUUGAGGAAAGCAAGCCUGACCAUGACUGGAUUCUCUGACAGCCAUUUGUAAAUGCUGAAGGUCUGCUGAACAGUGACAAAUAGCUGCUCCGAGGGCCUACCUUAGAAUAGGAUGCUGAAACCACGUAACUGCAGAGUGACGUGGACAGUGUCAAGACUCAAGAACUACCCACGGAUGAGCAGUGUUCUCCUAACUCGCUUUGCAGAUUUCCAUCUGUUCACUUAAGGAACUUCCUAGCUCUAACAUAGCUAGUGCUCGGUAGAAAAAGUUCUGACUUACCUCUUUUACUAAUGCUUACCUUAGUUAUUUCUGGAGAAAUGUCCAAAUGGUUCCUUUACAUGUAAGAAAAUGAACCCAAACAGAGAGAAAGCGAAUGCCAACCAUGGGGUUUUCCAUUUUUUGAUUUUUUUUUCAUCCCCUGGUAAUUUGUGAAAACACAGUUUACUCAGGGAUAAAGCGUCUAGUCAAGACUCCCUUACCCCCCCCCCCACUUUCCCGGCACACUCUGAAAUCAUGAUGGAAAUGGCAUUUAUGUUUGAAUGAGACGAAUAGUGUUAAGGCUCAUGAUUUUGUGUUUUAAAACUGCAAUUUAACAAAGCAUUUGGAUGCCUGUCAAUGUGUUCAUAAUUUUGGCUGUCUGAAUUUCUGCUGGCAUCCUUUAUCAAUCUUCUUCAUUCUCUCUCCUCAUACCUACUGUAUUAAUGAUCAUGUAUCUCCCUGCACUAGGAUUAAACUGAGUUUAGGUGUACAUAAAGAUUUGUGUACUCCCCCUAUGAAGAUGGUUACUAACAUACUCUCUACUUUUCCAAUUCCAUCUUACUGGAAAACCUGAUUUAUUUAAGGGAGUUAGCUGUGAUGGUAUAUUUGCUGGACAUACACACUAGCUUUUUUUUUUUUUUUUUUUUGUAAGAUGCAUGACACAAGGGACAGAAAAAGACAUAGAUGGCUCAGGUGUGACAGGGACAAAAGAGAUCAAGGUGAAUUCAACAUUUGUGGGUUACAGUGAAUUUUGUGGACAAAGUGCUGUCUGAAGGACUCUCGAUGACUUUUCACCAAAGACUAUAUGUGACGUGUAGCACCUAACACUAAGUGGGAGAGCCAGAUACCAAAUAAAUCAAAUUUGCCUAACAGUUACAAGCCCUGUUGAUUUAGGUGAGAUUUUACAAUUGAGAGCAUAUUUUGAGGGGGAUGAAAAUGGGUUAUCCUCUGUUUUCCAGUUGGGCAGAAAUUUAUCAGAUGACUCUGUCCUCAUUUUGCCCGGAAUUUUUUUUUGUCCCCAGUUCUUCCUGGAGAAACACGCCGUCUCUCUGUAAUAGUGAUGAAUUGCUGUCACCUAGGCUUUUUAGAACAGUGGCCGGAACAGCAAGCAGAGAGAGGCACGAAACACCAGUCCAACAUUCCGUUUAGAAUCUUCUGAAUCAAAUGGGGAAAAUGAGGGCUGAUUAUUUAGGAUGAAGUAACCUAGCCGGCUGGCGUGCAUACGUACACGUGCCUGUUGGAAUACAUUACAGUUGGCAGGCCAUGUGUGUUGCACAUUCUUUGAAUGAGGAGUCAUGAAAAGAAGCAGAUAGCAUCCCCCAGAUGUGUUCCAAACCUUAGAGUUAAAAGUACGGUUAAUACAUCAGCACUUAGGUCGACUUGACCAGGUUGUACUAAGAAAUCCUGAAAUUGUCAGUGUAUCUUUAGGGCUAGUGGCAAUUUCUAUCCCAAGUCUCCAUUAUCUACAUCCAGGGAGGAAAAAAAUGAGAAGAUAUUAAGUUGACUGGUGAAAUAUUGAAGAAAUAUAGCUUUUUUUUUUUUUUUUGAGAGGAAGAAAAGGCAGGAAAUGAUUUAGCAACUUUGUCUUGUAUUUGUGCUUUUGGUGGCACCGUUACACAUCUCACAAGACCUUGACUUUUGUGUGUUUCAUAUUUUGACUUCGUGCUUCCCAUGUCUUACUUCAUCUUAUCUCCAAAAUGGUAAGUUAUGGUAGAAAGAUUAGUAGAGGAGGCGGACCUAGACCAGGAAAGCUGCCUGCCCCUAGAUUCAGGACUAUCGAGGAUGCCUGGCUACACAGUUUUUUUCAGCCUUGAAUUAUUCAUUUAUAAUAAAAUUGUAGGUUUGUGGUCAUCUCCAGUUGAAGUUCAUGUGUUAUUUUAACAAGGGCUGCCUGUAUGUAUUCUACAGUAAAAGCUCCCCAUAUUCAAAAGGGAAAAAAAGCGAGGGGUAAAUUUAAGCUUUGUAUAUAUAAAAAUUAUUUUAUAAAUAUUUUAGUCUUCCAGUUUCUGCAAAAUAAUUAAAAUAUACAGUAACUGGUCUCUUAAAUCCUGAAUUUAAUGUAUUAAAUACUUAUACAAUUUUAUAUUGGUGCCUUUUAAAAAUGCAUUGAGAGUGUUGGUUAGCUGUUUUAGCUGUACCACACUUUUACUGUGUAUUUUUUAAAAAAAAAAAAAAAAUCACAUGAAAUUUAAGUACUCUCUAAUUCACCUUUGUGUUCUUAGCAAAAAUAAUAAUGAUAAGAAUAACUGCUAAAAGAAUUUCCAGACUUUCAGCUGAGCUGGCAAAAGUGACAGGAAACUUUGAAACCAGAUUUUAAUCUUUUUAGCUUAAUAAUAUUUCUGAACAUUAUUAUAUGAUAGAGGAAAAAGGAAAGCAGAGUCAUGUCAGCAGCAAACUGAAUUAUGCUGUGUGUUUUGCUUUAUUCUUGAGGAAGAAUAGGUUUUGCGUCACACAGGGUUUCUUCGUAGAAUUUGGAGUCAAUAAUACAGUAUUGUUUUGCAUUUUCUUUUCUCCUUGACUAGUGUUAACUCUAGUCCUGGAUCCUCUGUCUUCUAACGAGUGGUUGUUUUAUGAAAUAAUGUGGAAAUGCAGACCAUUGUUUCCCUUGAACAAAACAAAACUCAGCACUCACGUCACAUUGCUCUUCUCCAAAGUGUCCUCUCGGAUAUUUCGUCCGGAGGUUGUCUGUCACUUGUGAGGGUGUCUUCGACUAUGACAGCUUUUUAAAAAAAAUGAGCUGCUGGUUGUAUAAAGUAGACAUCACGUGACCAAGAAGCUGUGAUAUGCUAGUGUUUCCUUCUGUCAUAGUAUAUUCUUAGGCCAAAUUAAUGACACAUUGAAUAUUUUUACAUUUAUUAAAAUUUUGGGAUUUCCACAAGGUUUUUAUGUAACCUAUUUCUAGGGGUUUUGUUUUCUCUUGCUGUACUGUGAGUUUGUGGGUAUUUUUUCACAUGCACUCUUAGAAAGGAGUUCUUACUUCUAUUUAUGAUGUCUUUUUCCCACAGUACUCCAUUUGUAUAUGUUCUGUACAAAUUUGUCAUAAAUUCACCUUUAUCCCAUAUAAACAGUGGUACGUAAACAACUAGUUUCCUAAGAUGACUUUUAUAUUAUGAAUUAAUAUGAAAAUGUAGAAGUCAUAUGCUAAGCCACAUUAAGGACAGAAUAGAAACGUCCAGUAGGUACAAAUAAGCCAGUUUGCAGAGUGAAUCAGGCCUUCAGUUUACCUCACCUAACACAUAACAAGGAAAGCUUGGACAGAUGGAGGUCACUGAAUACCCUACUAUGCACUUACUAGGUGAUCGCUGAGUUUCAUUUACUGGAAAUGGAUUUUAAAAGGAAUAUACUGUCACUGUAACCAGAGAAGGAAUCUAGGGUUUGCUAUAUUUUUUUGUUGUUGUAGUUGUUUUGUUCUUUUUAAAAAGUUGUUCAAAUUAUGAAACUGUGAUCUAAAAAAGUUGUGAUGGUGGAGCACUUGAAAUUUUGUACAUCGAUCACGUGCCCUUCUGUAUGACAAAGUUGGCUUUUUACCUCUUCAGUUGUAACUUCCUCUCACACCUUUGUCUCCACACUGUUCACAGUCCUUCCUCCAUUGUCUCUGGAUUCUUGACGCUCCUCAUAGUUGGAAGAGGAGGUCCGCUCUGAACUUCUGAUUCAUUAAGUCUUAAUUUUUUCCCGGUAGUUUCUCUUAGCUGUAUAAUCUGCUGGUGUAUUUUUAUAUUCACGUGUAGUUCUAUAUUUUUAAUGUGUGGUUGGGUUGAGACGGGAAGCUGUAGAGUCCUUACUUUGCCUCAUUCUCAAGUAUGAGGCCCCUAACCUGGCUCCUGAGACUCUAUAGUCAGAGGCUAUGUCUGGUUCCUUUACGCUUGGAGUUUAAAAUUGUUUGGCUUUCUUCUAAAAUACAAGUUAUAAAGAAUAGCUACCCCCCCCCCCCGCCCUGCAAAACAAAACAAAAUGCUUAGAAAGAAGAUAAAAAUGUAAAGCAAAGAGUCUUAAGUUUCUUCCAAUUAAGAGGAUGAGUGCUUUAAAAGUUCUGCAGUAAUAUUCCAGGCUCGGAAGGGGUCUCGAGGCCCCAUGCUUGCUCAAACGGUCCAGCCUUUGAGACUGUGUGUCAUUUGCCGUUUCAGAAGGGUUACUUCUGCUAUCCAGAAAAGUGCAAUACCCCUCUUGAAGUCUUAAAAACUAUGGUAAUUUUUUUCUUUUCCUGACAUUUCUUCUUUAAAAAAGAACCGUUGGAAAUUUAGCAUGUCAAAGGACAUAACAAACAAGGAUGAAAACCACUAUCAAAAAUUAGUAACUGUAGAAACACAUGACGUUUCUGACUUCCUGGAAGCUUCCUUUAGCCUAAAUAACCUUUGAAAUCAUGAGUGAGAAGUAUAUCCUGAAGCAGAAAUCUGAACAGACUGAAUUUUUUUUCUCCCACUCUUACCUAAUGUUCUUAAGUUAAAGAACUAAUAUUUAAUGUUUUUAUUUUUCUUCCUUCUGGAAAAUAAAUAUCAAAGCACUUAGGUCAGGUUUCAAUCCAUAUUACCUGUUGAAGAAAAAAUUUUAAAUAUUUGAAGCAGACCUGCUUUCAUGCAGUUUGAGAAAUAUCUUUUGUAUCAUCCAUAUUUAUAUGUAGUUUGCUGUUUUCUUUUUCUUUUUUUUAGUACCUUUGUUCCCGUGAUAAAACUGCUGUAAUGUAAAUACAUGUUUUGUUUAAAAGUAACAUUUCUUUGGCAUUUCUUUUGAAGGCAUUUACUGCAUUUGUACAGUAUGUGUCUUGGCUACUUAACUUUUUUUUCUUUAACAAUACCAAAGGUAAUUAGACUAUUUUAAGGACUAAUUGCUUGACAGUUUCUAGAAUACUUUGAUUUUUUUUUUUAGAAGAAAAAAGAAAAAAAAAUCAAACCAGUAAACCUCAUUUUUUCAAACUAAUAAUUUGGGGAAAUAAAAACUAUUGUUUAAAAAGAAAUAUAUAUAUAAAUAUCUGUAAAAUUAAAAUUCCAGACCUUGUAUGUCAGGUUUGCUCAGUGUAAUGUAGGGGGUUUUGUUUUUGUCUUUGUUGUUGUUUUUUUUUUAAGGCUCAAAUACCUCAGAAAAUGGGGUUUACUGUGGAAAUACUGCAGCAGUCUGCAGCUGUGUGAGCUGGCACUCUGCUGCGUACUGAUUGGGAGACCUCCACUGAACAGUUUUAUCACUGCAGACUGAAAUGCGGGACUUGCGUUUUCUUUGUUUUUAAUUCACACACAUCCACGCUCUGUGCGUGUGCGUGGGUCCUGUGUAUCUGUGUGUGAGUGUUGUAUGUGCAUGUGUGGAUGUGUGUGUGUGUGCGUGUACAACUCAAGAAGCUGCAGAAACUUUGUAAUACUUUGUGAAAGGGUUAUAUUAUAAAGGUUUGUACUGUCUGAGUGCACAGCUACUGGAAUAAACUUAGCCAAUCUCAGGAACAAGCAUAUAA